AUGGCAGACCCAAAGCGCGUGCUCAUGCUCACCAACUCGGAGCUGGGCCAGGCCAACGUGUUCCUAGCAGCCACCCACGAGCUCUUGCAACUCGACCCCAACGUCACAAUCUACAUUUGCUCCUUUGCGCCGCUCGCCCAGCCCGUGUCGUCCGUCCGGGCCCUCGACGAGACCGGCACGGCGGACAGCAGGCUCAGAUUCAUCGAGCUGCCCGGCCCGUCGUGGAAGGAGGCCCUCUUCGGCCGCCCCGAGCACCAGUUCCAAGAGCUCUGCGCCAUCCGCCCAACCGUCUGGAACGUCUCCAAAGCCGCCAAGCUGACGCGCAUCGCCUGUCCCUGGACCACCGACGAGCUGUGCAGCCUGGUGACGCGCCUGGAAACCAUUAUCCACGACGUGGAUCCGCACCUCACCGUCGUGGACAACCUCUUCACGCCCGCAGUCACCGUCUGCUACAAGCUCAAGCCGAAAUGGGUCGUCUUGUCGCCCAACACGUACAAGGAGUUUGCGCUCGCCGCGCAGCCUCGCCGCCAAUACUACUGGAAGUACCCUCCCCCGCGGUCGACCAUCCCCUUCCCCGUGCCGUGGUACCAGAUGCCGCUGGUGUACUACAUGGUGCGCAAGAUGUACCUCAACCACGACGACCCCUUCAUGGGCCAGCACGCAAAGGGCAUGAAGGAGGCCAUCGACACCGACUACGCCGACUGGGCGUACAUCUCCAUCGUGCCGCCCGAGGGUCUCCAGAUCCUGCUCGCCACCCGGCCCGAGAUCGACUUCCCCUUUGACGUGCUGCCCGGCCACAUGGUCCCCUGCGGGCCCAUGGUCCGGCCUUGCGCGCCGCUGGCCGACGCCGACCCCGAGCUGGCCGCGUGGCUGGCGAGCCGGCCCACGGUCCUCGCCAACCUCGGCACCCACGCGACCUACGACGGGCGGCACGCCCUGGAAAUGGCCGGCGCGCUGGACCUGCUGCUCCGGGCUGCCGAGAAGCAAGGCAAGCCGCUGCAGGUGCUCUGGAAGCUUAACAAGGGGGACGACUUUGACCUGUCGGACGACACGUUCAAGGGCCUUGGGCAGAAGUGGAACGAGGCCGUGCGGGUGACGACCUGGCUGGACGCCGAGCCGGCGAGCAUCCUCGCGACGGGACACGUCGUGUGCUCCGUCAACCACGGCGGCGCAAACUCCUUCUUUGAGGCUGUCAGCGCCGGGGUGCCGCAGGUCGUCCUGCCCGUGUGGGGGGACACGUAUGACUUUGCCAAACGCGCCGAGUGGCUUGGCGUAGGCAAGUUUGGUAGCCCGAGGCACGCGCCCAGGGUGAGUGCCAGGGAGCUGGGCAGGGUGUUGAAGGAGGUCGUUUUGGGGCCACAGGCGGCGCGGUUCGCAGAGAAGGCGGCCUCCUUGGCCAAGGUGUGCGGAGAGAAUGGCGGCGGGAGGCGCGUUGCCGCGCGGAAGAUUCUGGAAAUGAUGUAG